UUGUUUUUAUCUUUCUUCUUUUGCUUAUUUCAUCCCCUUGUUCAGAUUCGACUGUAUCAGACUUUCAGAUUCUCUUCGUUUUCUUAAUGCUCUUCUCCUUCUUGUUCUCUCUUUGUGGGUUUCUCUUGGAAUAAUCAAAAUUUUAAAAAAAUGGUUAAUUCAUGUGAGAACAAAGUCUCUGUUGUUGAAUCCACUACAACUACGAUUCUUCAAGAUGAAACGAGAAGUAGAAAAAUCGGACAAGAGAUGAUGAAGAGAGAGAAGAGAAGAGUGUUGGGUGUGAUUAACCAUAAUAAUCUUGUUGGUGGUGCAAGUGUUGUUAACAAGAGAGGAAGCUUAUUAUUAUCUAAUAAGCAACAAGAAGAAGGAAUUCAAAAGAAGAAGUUUAAUUCUCUGCGUCCACCAGUUACAAGAUCUGGAGUUGAAGAGGAGGCUAAGAAGAGGCUGAAGCCAACAGUUCCAAGUUCAAAUGAUUUUGGUGAGUCUAUAUAUGUUGAUGAAGAGGAAGAGGAAGCUACAUUGGACCAACCGAUGCCUGAAGCUGAUCUAAUGGAGGAAAUUGAGAUGGAGGAUGUAACAGUGGAAGAACCGGUUCUGGAUAUUGAUGUCUUAGAUGCCAAGAACUCACUUGCAGCUGUUGAAUACGUUCAAGAUCUAUACGCAUUCUACCGAGCAAUGGAGAGCUUUAGCUGUGUUCCAGUAGAUUAUAUGAUGCACCAAAUCGAUUUAAACGACAAGAUGAGAGCAAUACUAAUAGACUGGUUAAUAGAGGUACAUGACAAGUUUGAUCUGAUGAACGAGACACUGUUUCUCACAGUGAAUCUGAUAGAUAGAUUCUUAUCCAAGCAAGCUGUUAUGAGAAAGAAGCUUCAGCUUGUAGGUUUAGUGGCUUUGCUCUUAGCUUGCAAGUACGAAGAGGUUUCUGUUCCUGUUGUCCAAGAUUUAGUACUCAUUUCUGACAAAGCUUAUACGAGGGAAGACGUUCUUGAGAUGGAGAAAGCAAUGUUGAGUACUUUGCAAUUCAAUAUUUCAUUGCCGACACAGUACCCUUUCUUGAAGAGAUUUCUUAUGGCAGCUCAAGCAGACAAGAAGUGUGAGGUCUUGGCAUCCUUCUUGAUUGAGCUUGCCCUUGUAGAUUACGAGAUGCUUCGGUUUCAACCAUCAUUACUAGCUGCCACAUCUGUGUACACUGCUCAAUGUACACUUGAUGGUUUCAGGCAAUGGAACAGUACAUGUGAAUUCUACUGUCAUUACUCUGAGGAUCAACUCAUGGAAUGUUCACGGAAGCUGGUGAGUCUUCAUCAGAAGGCGGCGACUGGAAACUUGACAGGAGUAUAUAGGAAGUACAACACAUCCAAAUUUGGGUACAUAGCAAAAUGUGAAGCUGCACACUUUCUAGUACUGUCCUCCUAGUCUCAUUCUCAUCAUCAUUUUUUCAAAGCCAAAAAGGCCAAUUAAGUAGUUUUGUACAGCUUGUUGACAUAGUUCCUCAUUCACUCUGUAGCACAAAUAACAAAAAAGAUAAAAUAAGCCAAGUUCAAUUUUCUUUACUUCUGUUGUAACAAUCUCUUCACUUCACUUCUCAGCAUCACACUCUAUAAUGAAUGAUAUCAUUCUUAUA